UCAGUGCGUGCGCACGUUGCGUAACUACGUGGAUGUACGUCAACAUGGCUGAAUCCAUGAGAGCAGCUAACCGGAGUUGAUGAGUUGAUGUGGCACUGAAGAGUAGCGGCGGCAUUAAACUUGAGCUUAAUAAAAUCACAUUUAUUUUGUAGAUUAAGUUGUUCAAAUCAGGACACCAUGUAUCUCCAGAAGAUGUUCUCCUGUUCUCAGCUGUUAGCGAGACCAAAUGCUCUGCAAACAUUCAAAAGAGCUGCUUCACAAGGCAAAAAUCCCUCUUCCUCCACAUUUCUCACACUCCAUGCUGUGCGUCAGUGGAGUAACGUGCCUUUUUUUACAGUGCCGUUGGCACGGGCGCACGGUAAGUCAUUUGCCCACCGCAGUGAUCUGCGCCAGGCCAAGAGAAUCCUCGUCAAGUUGGGGAGUGCUGUUGUAACCCGCGGCGACGAGUGCGGCCUCGCUUUGGGCCGACUCGCUUCAAUUGUAGAACAGGUGGCCAUGCUUCAGAAUCAGGGCAGAGAGAUGAUGAUUGUGACCAGUGGUGCUGUAGCAUUCGGAAAACAAAGGCUGAGGCACGAAAUUCUUCUCUCACAGAGUGUCAGACAAGCCCUCCACUCAGGCCAGAAUCAGCUCAAAGAUAUGUCAUUACCAGUUCUAGAGGCGAGAGCGUGUGCCGCUGCGGGACAAAGUGGACUUAUGGCUCUGUAUGAGGCUAUGUUCACUCAAUACAGCACCUGUACUGCCCAGAUCCUUGUAACAAACCUGGACUUCCACGAUGACCAGAAAAGACGGAACUUAAACAGCACUCUGCAUGAGCUGCUGCGUAUGAACAUCGUGCCCAUCAUCAACACCAACGACGCUGUGGUGCCUCCCCCAGAACCCAACAGUGACCUACAGGGGGUAAAUGUUAUCAGUAUCAAGGAUAACGAUAGUCUUGCAGCGCGGCUUGCCGUGGAGAUGAGGGCAGAUCUUCUCAUCGCUCUCUCUGAUGUAGAAGGCCUUUACGACAGCCCACCAGGGUCAGACGAUGCCAAGCUCCUGGACACAUUUUACCCUGGGGACCAGCAUUCCAUAACCUAUGGCACAAAGUCCAGGGUUGGCAUUGGAGGAAUGGAAGCUAAGGUUAAAGCUGCUCUCUGGGCUCUCCAAGGUGGGACGUCCGUUGUCAUUGCUAACGGCACGCACCCCAAAGUCACAGGUCAUGUGAUCACUGACAUUGUUGAGGGCAAGAAAGUAGGAACCUUCUUCUCAGAGGUCAAGCCAGCUGGUCCCACGGUCGAGCAGCAGACAGAAAUGGCUCGCUCUGCUGGGAGGACUCUUGCUUCCCUUGAACCAGAGCAGAGAAGUGACAUCAUCUGCGCAUUGGCUGAUCUCCUUACUGAGAGGAAAGACGAAAUCUUAUCUGCCAACAAAAAGGACAUGGAGCAUGCUGUCAGCACGGGUCGUCUGUCUCCGGCCAUGCUGAAGCGACUCAGUUUAUCAUCAUCUAAACUGAACAGUCUAUCCAUUGGUCUGCGUCAGAUCGCUGUGUCCUCUCAGGACAGCGUUGGCAGGGUUCUGCGCAGGACUCGUGUGGCAAACAACCUGGAGCUGGAGCAGAUCACUGUCCCCAUAGGAGUACUGCUGGUCAUCUUUGAGUCACGACCAGACUGCCUUCCUCAGGUUUCUGCUUUAGCCAUUGCCAGUGGAAAUGCACUUUUGUUGAAAGGUGGCAAAGAGGCGGCCAACACGAAUCGCAUCCUGCAUGAGCUUGCCCAGGAGGCUCUGUCCAUCCAUGGAGUCAAAGACGCCAUCCAGCUGGUGAGCACGCGUGAAGAGGUGGAGGAUCUGUGCCGUCUGGAGAAGAUGAUUGAUUUGAUCAUUCCUCGUGGCUCCUCUCAGCUAGUCAGAGAUAUUCAGCGCGCGGCGAAGGGCAUCCCUGUUCUUGGCCAUAGUGAGGGGAUCUGCCAUGUUUAUGUGGACCAUGAGGCCAGUGUUGACAAAGCCAUCAAGAUCAUCCGAGACUCCAAAUGCGACUAUCCUGCAGCUUGUAAUGCCAUGGAAACCCUGCUGGUGCAUCGAGAACUUCUCAGAAGCCCAUUGUUUGAUCAGAUCAUCGACAUGCUGAGGACCGAACAUGUGAAGAUCCAUGCCGGCCCCAAGUUUGCGUCUUACCUGACCUUUAGUCCGUCAGAGGUGAAGUCUCUGCGCACGGAGUAUGGGGAUCUGGAGUGCUGCAUCGAGGUUGUGGACAGUAUGCAGGAGGCUGUUGAUCACAUUCAUAAAUAUGGCAGUUCCCACACUGAUGUUAUUGUCACUGAAAAUGAGGACACAGCAGAGCAGUUUCUUCAGCAAUUAGAUAGUGCCUGUGUCUUUUGGAACGCCAGCUCACGGUUUGCUGACGGAUAUCGGUUUGGUCUCGGUGCGGAGGUUGGCAUCAGCACGGCCCGUAUUCAUGCCCGUGGGCCUGUGGGGUUAGACGGGCUUCUCACUACCAAAUGGGUUUUACGGGGCGAGGGCCACACAGCUGCAGAUUUCUCUGAGCAGGGCAGCAUGACGUAUCUGCACGAGAAUCUUCCAGUGGCACAGGUUCUUCCUGGACGAAGGACCACCAGCUAGGGUCAUGAAAUAAAAGCAUCUACAAUCAAGAAUCAAAUCCAUCUGAAGUAAAAGCUUACUCACUCACUUUAAACCGGUUUCAAAACUCCCAUCAGGCAGUGUGUUUGGAGUAAGUAUGAAUACAAGGAAGAUCAUCUGUGGAUCGAGAGCUGUUCAGUGAGCUCAUACAUUUAAAUUUUUCCAAAUGCACAUAUUUUAGUCAAGUGUGUCUUGUUCUCUGAAAGAACCUGUUGAGCUUGCUGUAUAACUACAGAGACAUCAAGGAAUUUUGCUUAAAGCCGUGGUCCAUCUUAUUGUUUUUGUAAUUUGUGCAUUGUAUUGUUAUUUUGAGUAGAAAAAUGUGGUAAAAAAUAAUGACCGCUUCACUCCAGUAUGGAGUGAAUGAAAAGAGGCCUCCCCGAACUGCCCAUGUUAUAUAUUUGUCAUAUUUAAUGUGUGGAAAAUGCAAUAGGGAUUCUGAAAUGAACAUUUCUGAGCACUAUUUUGAGCAUUAAAAAUAAUUUGUGUACACAUAACAACUUAAGCUUUAAUGGGUAAAUUCUUUUUUUUUAUGUGGCAUAGUGCUUGUCAUAUACAACAUCUUAUCUGAAAAAUAUAUUUUUCAUUUUACAUAGUGCUAGUCAUAUACAGUCCAAAAUAAGAAAACCAAUUAAUUGAAAAGGAAAACUAGUAUUUUCAAGCUGCUCUGUCUGUUUUUUAUUAUUAUUAUUAUUGAAAAGAAAACCGGAAAACUAUUUUUCCGUGCAUUACCUUCCUCAUUUUGCAUUUUUUUUAUUUAUGCUCACUGCUUUUUUUAAUCAUGAAUAAUGUGCAGACCUGUAUACAUUUCUGUGUUGCUGCUGUAGAAUUCUCUUUAGCUUUUGACCUGAACUGCUUCAAAAAUACCUUGUUAUCUGUACUUUAAAGUGCUGUAAUGCUCAACAAAAUAAUGAUGCUUAAUAGUAUGAAAGGUAGUCUGAAAAUGUUCACAUUUUUUGUAUGUAGAAUAAAAAUCUUUUUUUUUUUU